CAUAGCAGAAUGGAUAAGUAAUUGCGUAGAGUGCAUGGCAGCUAAAGGUCCUAAAGCCAAAAGUCGCGGUAGGCUACAACAGUACAACGUGGGAUCACCAUUUGAACGAGUCGCAAUGGAUGUUGCAGGUCCGUUUCCAACCAGUACGGCCGGAAACAAAUAUCUACUGGUUGUCAUGGACUAUUUCAGUAAAUGGCCAGAAGUAUAUGCCUUACCAAACCAAGAAGCGAAGACAAUAGCCGAAGCGUUCGUAGAAAAUUGGAUAACAAGGUUCGGAGUGCCCGUCGAAUUACACUCAGAUCAAGGCAGGAAUUUCGAAUCUUCCAUUUUCCAAGAAGUCUGUACAUUAUUGGGCAUCCACAAGACACGGACAACAGCGUUACACCCACAAUCAGAUGGGAUGGUAGAGAGAUUCAACCGAACGCUUGAAGAACAUCUGCGGAAAAUCGUUGAUAAAGAUCAACGGAAUUGGGACAAGUGCAUCCAGAUGUUCCUGCUGGCGUAUCGUUCAGCGAAGCACGAGACAACUGGUUACACGCCAGCAAAGAUUAUUUUCGGAUCUGAUCUGCGACUCCCUGCUGAUCUUAAGUUUGGAACGAAUCCUACAGCUGUAAGAAAUGAUGGAGAUUAUUGUUCUGCCUUAAAGGAAGAAAUGAAUGAAUUGCAUCUAAUGGUAAGACAGCAUACGCAUCUGAUGAGCAAUAAGAUGAAGGACCGGUUCGAUCAAGCGGCAAAUUCAAAAGGUUUUGAAGAAGGUGAUCUGGUCCUGUUGUACAAUCCACUUCGAAAGAAAGGCUUGUCCCCGAAACUGCAGACAGCCUGGGAAGGACCCUAUAUGGUGAUGAAACGACUUAAUGACGUGGUAUACCGCAUACAAAGAAAUGGAAAAGCACGAUGUAAAAUGAAAGUAGUACAUUUGGAGAGGCUCGCCCCAUUUGGUUCAAGAGGAUUUGUGCCUAAUCGGGACGAUUAGGCUUUAGUGGAGGGCAGUGUUACAAAAGUAGUAUUAAGUUAUAUUUGUAUUACUAUAUGCAUCCCUGAUUAUGAACAAUAGCUGUAGGUAUAUGGAAUAGCAUUUGUCUUGUUGUAGACAUCUGGCGCCACGGCUGU